AGUCAGCGGGCUGGACGCGCUUCAGACGGGUCGUCCGCGCGCCUGGAUAACAACAACAACAGACUUGUUCCUGUGGCUGAACUGGGUCCUGCCUGUCCGCGCGCGCCCUGCAGCUUCUUCACCGGCUUUCUAACGCUCUGGGAUGUGACGCUCUCUGCAGACUUUGCGCUCAGGCGGAGCCCGGUUCCCCCGGUCAGACUUCUUUUGCGCGCGCUCUUCUUCAACUUCUACGGCCAACUUGUGACUUUUGUCGGUUCGUCGCUCUUACAUGACAGUGUGACUCCUCUGCCAGUUCUUUCUGUCGACCAUGGCGGAAGCACCUCAGCAACCACAUUUGGUGGAAAUCGACCCGGAUUUCGAACCCUUGCCGCGGCCCCGCUCGUGCACUUGGCCCCUUCCCCGUCCGGAGUUCAUUAACCCGGGAGAUUCCAACACGUCCUCGCCGGUCCCGUCCGUGAAGCAGGAACCCGGCGGCAACGCAGAGUACAUCAACAACCUGAGCCUCCUGGAGGAGAACGAGGACUUUGUGGAGCAGAAGCCCGUCAUCCUGUGCAGCGAGUUCCAGUGUCAGGAGACCUGCGUCCACCAGCAGCCCGCGCAGCAGCAACAUCAGCAUCACCCCAACCCGCAGCUCCCGCAUCAGCAUCAGCAGCAGCAGGUGCCUCUGCUCUCCGCACCGGUCAGCUCGAACUCCUCCGCCGCGGCUGCUGCGGCGGCGGCCGCUGCCCAGAGGAAGAGCAGCUCCUCCCGGCGCAACGCUUGGGGGAAUAUGUCCUACGCAGACCUCAUCACCAAAGCGAUCGAAAGUUCUCCAGAGAACAGGUUGACUCUUUCUCAGAUUUAUGACUGGAUGGUGAAGAGCGUACCUUACUUCAAGGACAAAGGAGACAGCAACAGCUCUGCAGGAUGGAAGAACUCCAUCAGACACAACCUGUCCCUUCACAGCCGCUUCGUCCGCGUCCAGAACGAAGGGACGGGGAAAAGCUCGUGGUGGAUGCUCAACCCGGAGGGUGGGAAGAGUGGAAAGUCCCCACGCCGCAGGGCAGCCUCCAUGGACAACAACAGCAAGUUCACGAAGAGCAAAGGAAGAGCAGCAAAGAAAAAGCUGUGCCAGCAGGGUGGGCCAGACGGAGGUGCAGACAGCCCUGGCUCCUACUCAAAGUGGCCAGGCAGCCCAAACCCCCACAGCAAUGACGACUACGACGCGUGGAACAGCUUCAGGCCUAGAACCAGCUCCAACGCCAGCACUCUGAGCGGUCGCCUGUCACCCUUCAUGCCCGAGGAUGAACUGGGUGAAUCCGACGUGCAUAUGGGAUACCCAGGGGCCUCGGGGGCCAAGAUGACCGCCACGCUGCCCAGUCUCACUGAGAUGACGGGACACAGUUCUGAGAAUGUCAUGGAGAACCUCCUGGACAACCUGAACUUGCUCUCGCCCAACAACUCUCAGGUUGGCGGGGGGGCUGCGACCCCUGGCUCCUCCCAGUCAUCCCCGUCUUCAAUGAUGCAGCCGAGCCCCGGCUACCCGGCUUACAGCUCCCCCAGCAUGGUCCCGCAGUCACAGCAAGACUAUCACAAGUGCGUGUACGGCCAGUCGGGCCUGUCCCCCAUACCACUGCAGACGCUCACAGAGAACAAGCCCAGCUUCGGGCCCGGGAUGGGUCAGUACAGCUGCCCCGCAGGGCUGUUGAAAGAGCUGCUGACGUCAGACACCGACCAGCACAGUGAGCUCAUGCCAUCAGUGGACACCGUGGUGUCUCAGACCAGCGAGGGCCGUAUGCUGCCUCCGUACAGCAGCAGCCAGCAUGCAGCCAAACUCAUGGCUGGUGGGAACGGCCGCCCACACUGCCUUUCUCACAGCCACCCCCACGGCGUGCACAGCCACGCUCCGGCCUCCUCGCCAGCCAUGAACGGCCGCUUGCUCAUGUCUCUGAACUACAGCGGGGGCAACGGUCGUUUGCAAGCAGCUAAGAACGCCAUGCAGAUGCCUUACGGCCUGUCCGGUCAUCUCAGCGGGGGAGGCAUGCCUGCCGGCUUCUGCCCCAUCAACACCAACGGAUACGGCCGACCUGGCAUGUCGGCGCCCUUGCACACAGAGAAACUGCCCAGCGACCUGGACGACAUGUCCAUCGAGAAGUUCGAGUUUGACAUGGAGACAGUUCUCCAUGACACGCUUAUGGACGGAGACUCACUGGACUUCAACUUUGAGCCGGUGGUGGCCCAACAAGGGUUCCCUCAUGGAGUAAAGACCACCACGCACAGCUGGGUGUCUGGGUAGAGACGGUAAAGACCAUUUCAAACUCUAAAUCUCACACCUCAGGUGUGUCCCUGUUCCAAAAGUACUUCUCAGACCAGAUCACGUAAGCAGCUGUGGAGAAACCACCAUCAGAGCCCCCUGAAGAUACAGCCAGGUUAAAAACAUAUAUAUAAGUGCCAAACCUUUUUUUUUUAUUUUUGCCUUAACCCAGGAACCAAGCUGAAACACACGCUGUGAACUCACAGGGUUACAGAUUUCGUACAGUGGUGGAGUUUUGCAAAAGGAAAAAAAAAUCAUCCUCAUCAUCAUCAGCAGGAGCAAAACAAUCCUGCUCUGUUUACUGUCAUCAAUCAAGCCUUUUGAAUGGAAAAGUAAGAGGUGAUAACCGCCGCGCGGCGGUAAUCAGGCUGAUAAGUCGCCACAGAUUUCCCACAGAACCCUCGUGUUUUGUUACAAAAUGAACACAUCUGAAUGUACAUAAUGUAAUCAAAGAGUUUGUAAAAUUGUGUUCUCUGUUGUGUCUUUUUUUUAAGUUUGUACAUAGUGUUUACAGAAAGGAAGAUCACAGCAGAAGAGCUCACAGAGAAAACUGGACCUUUUCUUUUUUAUGGCUGGUCAGUCAGGCUGUACAAUGAAAACACAGUUUCUAAAUUUCUUGUACAUUAAGAAUGUAUAUCAAAAAUGAUGUAGUCAAUGUUUACUAGAUUUAGAUUAUAUUUGAAAGCUAAGUUAGUUGUGGCUUACAUGAGAAUUGUUCUGUGUUACUUGUCGCUCUGAACCUUAAUACCGCUGGGGCCUAUUUAUUGUGCCUGACAAUGUAGAAACUGAAUGCAAGCUUGAAGGGUUUCAAGUUUUUGAUGUUUAUGGUCCAGAAGAUACACAAAGCGAGCAGUCUUGAAGAAGAGUAAUCUUUAUUUUCUACGUCCUGCCUUCGUCUUUCUGUAAAAGUCAAGAAAAUAUGUAAACUGUUAUAGUUGAGGUUUCCUGGAUAAAGUUUUUUUGGGGCGCUGUGAAUAUUUACGAGGUCAAUAUGUUUUGGAUGAAAAAUCUUCUCAGCGCUUCUGUUGUAAUCAUGCAAGUGCAUGUGCAUCCUGUGCCCUGUUCAUUUCCAAAGCUGUUUUUAUCUGCUUCGUCUUUAAAGAUUUUUGCAGAAAAUUUGCAAUUUGGUCCAAAGUAGCCCGCAAACACCGUCUUAAAAAAACAGCCUUACUACUUUCAAAAUCCCCCUCCCUGCUACCUCUGCAAAUCACUGCCGGUUAACAUGUCCCCCUACUGUUGUUACCAUUUUAGUGAUGCAGUUCCUGCAAAAGGUGCCACUGAGUGUUCGAUUUUCAAGCUGUAUAUUUGUAUAUUGAAACUUCAUUUUCCCACUUAUCACCACUUUAAUGGAUAUUUUUCCCUGUCUUUGUUAAAAUGUGAAGACCAAGUGGCCUAAAGUUCAAAAUUCUUACUAAUCAUUUAUGAACCAUUCCAUCUGACACCAUCAGGGACUCUGUGGAUGCAGAAUAGUUUGGAUCCAAGUCCUCUGACAUAAUGAGAGUCAAAAAAAAACCAACGGAUUCUUACUAUCUCUAAAGGUGGGGGAGUCACUUAAGAAGCUGCUGUGAGGCUGCGUUGCCAAGUGUUGCCUUUCUUACCCACCCAUGCCAUUGUGUACUUUGGCCAAAUUUGCCUUUAAAGUCAUAUUUCUAGCAUUUUAGCAUGUUUUUUUAGAAAUAUAUAGAAAAAAUAUAUAUAUUUGUGCCGGUCACUCAAGUCAGGAUCAAUUGUAAUAAAUCUAUAUAGACUGACUUUAAAAGGUAAAGAGCUGUACUAAGUAAAUUAUAUCGCUACAUUUUUCAAAUAAUUGAAUCUAUGCAUUGUAUUCUUUAACUUUAUGUUGCUACUGUUAUAUUUUCUUCUUUUUCUUGAACUUUAAACUGAUAUUUUAUUGUAAGAUAGCGCUGUAAGAUGUUAUUGUGUUGUUGUCGUCGAAACUCAAUGUUUAAAAGGUUAUAUGGGGGGGAAAAUGAAGUUUAUUUAGAAAAUAGUUGAUGCAGUGAUUGAUAUGCUAAGCUUUUGUUAACUGACAAAUGUGGUUUUUAUUGUAUUCUGCUAUGGUUUUUAGAAAAACAGCAUCAAAAAGUAAAUUAGUAAAAAAAAAUAAAAAGCCUUUUUAAAUGAAACAAUAUUUAUUCAUCCGAGAAGUCCUGAGAGGUGCAGAUUUUGGACCAAUUUAGAUAUUGCACUUUUGCUUACAUUUUAUAACAAAGGGCUCCUCGUAAAAUGAGGAAGAAUUCCAAUUGCAUAUUUUAGAAUACAAAUCUGUUACAUUUAUCUUAUACAGAAGUAAAAUGUAGUUGUGUUGUGUGAUUUGCAAUCAUUAAGAAAUCUGUAAAUUGUUCAAUAUUAAUGUUUUAAACCCUAAAUAAAUGUAUUUCUGUGUAAAAAA